AUGUCCGACUCCAGCAUUAGUCCUUCAAGGGACGCAGAGGCCAAAAUGCACGACCAGGAGGCAGACUCACCAGAGCGAAGUGGAAGCAAAUAUGGUCCGCCUGGGGAUCCUUUUGGCGACGAAACGAAUGCUGAGGUCAAAUAUCGGACGCUCACCUGGUGGCAAUGCUCACUCCUCAUGAUCGCGGAAACGAUAUCGCUGGGCAUCUUGUCUCUGCCUUCCGUGAUGGCUACGGUCGGGCUGGUUCCUGGAGUCAUCAUGCUGGUCGUCCUGGGCAUAAUCGCAAGCUACACGGGAUUCGUGUUCGGACAAUUCAAGCAGGCCUUCCCACACGUGGCAAAUAUGGCUGAUGCUGGAGAAGUGCUGAUGGGAACCUUCGGGAAAGAGCUCAUUGGAACUGCACAGAUUAUUCUCCUGAUCUUCAUUCUCGGCAGCCAUCUUUUGACCUUCACGAUUGCCUGGAAUGCGAUUACUGGACACGCCACUUGCACUAUUGUGUGGGGAGUUGUCGGACUGGUGGUCUUCUUCCUGCUAUCGUUGCCGCGGACGCUCAAGAAUGUCUCGUACAUGAGCAUUGUGUCGUUCAUCUCAAUCGUGGGAGCGGUGUUCAUCACUGUGAUUGCAGUGGGGAUCGGGAAGCCAGCUGGAGCGAUCGUCGAGGCUACCACAUCACCUAGCUUUCCGACUGGAUUCAGCUCCGCUAUGAACAUCUGCUUUGCCUACGCGGGUCACAUGGCAUUUUUCAGCUUCAUCGCAGAAAUGCAGAAGCCGGAGGAAUUUCCGAAAGCGCUGGCGGGACUGCAAUCCGCAGCGAUCAGUCUUUACCUGAUUGCAGCUGUGGUCAUAUAUGUGUACGUCGGAGCAGACGUGGCAUCGCCGGCACUGGGCUCUGCGGGUACCGUGGUUAAGAAGGUGGCGUAUGGCAUUGCGCUGCCUACUAUUGUGAUCGCAGGAGUCAUCUACGCAAACGUCGCGGCCAAGCAAAUCUACCUCCGGAUGUUCAGAGGCUCAAGACAUAUUCACGAGAAGACGUGGACCGGACUAGGGUCCUGGAUUGGCAUCAUUGCUAUACUCUGGAUCAUCGCUUGGGUCAUUGCUGAGAGCAUUCCUGUGUUCAACAACUUGAAUUCGUUGAUUGUGGCACUCUUCGUCUCCUGGUUCACUUAUGGUAUUGCGGGCGAGUCACAACAGAACAGACAGAGCGUCACUUGA